AUGAAUGACAUCUCCCCUGUGUUUUUAGACAUUGAUAAAUGUGCACUAGGGACACAUACCUGUUCUUUCCAUGGAAGCUGCUUCAACAUCCUGGGAGGAUUCCGGUGUCUGUCCUUGGCAUGUCCUCAAUAUUUCCAGCUAGCAGGGCACGGAAAAUAUACUUCAGCCAGUUGGAACUGUUACAAGGCCUGUCAUCCUCAGGACGUCCGCUGCCGUGACUAUACCAUUGACUUAAUCCGCUACAUCUCCCUCUCCCCGGCAACCUUCCAAGCAAUCAGUGAACCAAAAGAAAUCCUUUUCUUGCAGUCAAAUGUAGCGGCUAGCUAUCCUCAUGUAUACGGUGCAACCGAUGUUUCCUUCAAAAUGCUGGUUGCAGAUGACCAGUCCUCUUUUGAUGUGAUAAAGCGUUCCCACGGGGGCAUGUUUGUUGGUGUGGUCCAUCAGGUGAAACCUAUCCGUGGUCCCAGGGACCUCGUGUUGCAGGUGGCUAUGGAUUAUGUCAAGGGACUGUUUCCUAUCGCAGCAUUGCCGUCAUUCAUGUCUUCAUCUCGGAGUCCUUGUCCUGAGCAAAGCAAUUGAGAAAUACUACAUCAGUUAUAUACCAAAUCAUUGAGAGUACAUUGGAUGGUUGUUGACAGUGGACCGACAUUUGUAGUUAUAGAAGUAUCGGGGGCUUUUAUUAACCACUGGAAGAAUUUAACUUUAAUUCACACUUCGUUGUCAUUAUGGUAGACCCCUGGCUGAUCUGUGUAACUUUAAUAUUUGAUCAAUUUCAUCUACAUGGAAAGACCACAUGUAACAUGCUUCAAUGGAUAAUAAAGGACUUAAUCUAUGGA